GGUAGCCUUGAACUACCUAUUAGGAAAUUUGGGUAAAAAAAUAUGAAAGAAUAGUAGCUACAAUUGAUCUAGGAGGUGGAUCAGUGCAAAUGACAUAUGCCAUAUCAAAAGGAAGUGCUUUAAAGGCUCCCAAAGUACCAAAUGGAGAGCCAUAUGUCCUUAAUAAAUCUCUUUUGGGAACUAAUUAUGACAUCUAUGUUCACAGCUAUUUAAACUAUGGUCAAUUGGCAGCUAGAACUGAGAUUUUCAAAGCUUCUGGAAACUCAUCAAGUAGUCCAUGUAUUUUGGGAGGUUAUAAUGGUUAUUACACUUACAAUGGAGUGGCUUACAAAGCAUCAUCACCAAAACAAGGUUCAAACUUGAAGAAAUGUAGGACAUUAGCUAAAAAAGCACUCAAAAUUAAGGGACCAUGCAAGCAUAAAAAGUGUACAUUUGGUGGGAUUUGGAAUGGUGGAGGUGGACAAGGAUUCAAGAAUCUCUAUGCUUCUUCUUUCUUCUAUGACUAUGCAGUUAUGGUUGGUAUAAUUGACCCCAAAAAGCCUUCUGGAAGAGCUAAACCAAUACAAUACCUAUAUGCUGCAAAGCUUGCUUGCAACACCAAAGUGAAAGACAUAAAAUCAGUAUUUCCUAACAUUGAUGAGAGAAACAUACCUUUUAUAUGCAUGGACUUGGUAUAUGAGUACACUUUGCUUGUUGAUGGAUUUGGCCUGCAUCCCAAACAAGAGAUCACAGUGGUGGAUGAAGUUAAAUACAAGAAUUAUAUUGUUGGAGCUGCUUGGCCCUUGGGUUGUGCCACUGGUGUUGUUUCAUCUUCCUCCUGAUUUGAACAUUGUCAUCUUUGAAUUUUAUCAAUAUUUAAUGUUAUUAUUAAUGUCUUAAAUACUCUU